ACAAACCAGAAAAUUUUAUUUCCAUGUUACUGUGACUUGUAAAAAUUUGAACAGUUACACGUUUUAGAAAUGAGGGAAAGUGUAUGUGCUCGGCACGCUCUGGCAAUGAUUCAUUCUAUCCUCCAAGGCAUGAAAAGAAAAGAACCAAUGAGUAUGAAAAUAGAUGGGACGACAAAAGUUUUGGAAAGUACGUUCAGCGGGGCGAAGAGGAGGCACGUUACGCCAAGUUCGUUUAUGAUAUUACUCAAGACAUCGUCCGCAAUGGUCUUUAUACAGAUAAAGAAUUAAAAGAAGUUUUUGAGAAACAUCUAGAAAGAAGUUCCAGAUAUUUGAAUAAGCGAAAAAUGCUCUAUGAAAUUUAUCAAUUGAAAAUUUCUCUAAAUAUAAUGGACGAUUCCGAAGAGGACGAAAUAGAAGCUGAUCUCGUCUUUGCUGAAAAAUUCUCUAAAUUACAAAUACCCAAGCCUCCAACACCACCAAAAAUUCUUAACGAAAAUAAAAUUCUUGAAAAAUUACAAUCAUUUAAAGAACAGAAAAAUAAAAUUCACAAACCGAAUUCCUCAUUGGGUAGAAAAAGUGUUGUCCUGAUCGAUGCUAAUCCAGAGUUCAUGGUUACUGAACGGGACGUUCUUUCCACUUUGAUGGAUAAUCAUGUGGAUCCUGAACAAAUACAGCGUAUUUAUAGACAUCUUUUUCAAAGGAGCAAGGAUAUGUCUCUUUGUGAAGCUGUACAAGUUGGAAAAGAAGUUUCAUACACCCAUCGUUUAAAGCAAAUAGAUAGAGGUAUCAGUACGAUAUCAUUGGAUAAUGCUUAUAUAAAAGAAAGAUUACAAGGAAUUCUUCGAAAUCAGAAUAAAACAUAUUUGGAUGAAAUAUCUACACAAACAAUGUAUUAUAAAAACGAUUAUAUAAAUAAUAAAAGGGAUGAAAUUUCAGAAACAUUUGAACAAUUGAAAAAUGAUGAAUGUGACUGUAAAUUAAUAAAACGCAUAGAUUAUAAUGAAAAGGAAAUACAACCAAGCUUCUUCAAAAUUCCUAUUCAGAAAAUAAAUUCCUUCAACAAGAAAUUUAACAUUAUUGAUAAAAAAAUUAUGAAUAAAAGGAGUGAAUUAUUAAAAUCAAGAUCUAGUAAAAUAGAAUAUCACCAAAGGAAUAAUGUUUCAGAAAAUCUACAGUGUUUAGAUGAUAAUUCUACAGACAAAAAUAAAAAUUCUAGCACAGUUGAUAAUGGCGAUUUUUAUCAAAUUGCAUUAGUAGAAGAAAACGAAGGGGUUGAAGAGGAAAUCGAAUCCAAUAUUUCCAAUUUGUCAGAAAAAUCAAAGAUGUCGUCGACUACUCAAAAGGAAGAUAAGUCGUUUAACGAAGAUGAAAAUAAAGAUGACAGCACUUCUAUAGUGAGUGAAAUGUCGCACGAAAGUCUGAAAUAUUCAGACAACUUUUCGAAUGCUUCGGAAUCGAACAGCAACAUCGAUAUUAAUUUUAUAACCAAUGUAAAAUUACCGUUAUCAGUAUCUAAAGACAAGGUGUGA